AGAUCUGGGAGACGUCAGGAGGAGAGGAUGGACAUUUGAUGCUGCUGAUGGCAAUGGGUGGGGAAAGUGUUUCUGAGUAGUUGGACAGUCUCUCCAAGAUUUCAGGAUUUGCUGUUGGUUCAUCACUGAAAUGUGGUCUUUUUUAGUUGUGAAAAACAUUUGUUUUGAUACAUGCUUAGUGUAGAGUUUUGGCAUAUUAAUUUAGGGGAUCUUCAAGAAUCUUUCUGGGUGGAUCGAUUAAUGUUGUGAUCAUGACCAGGGCAGUUGGAGAUCGAAUGCUUAAGGAUACAGAUGGUAGUAUUAGUGAUCAUCUGCGGAAUCACAUUCAUUUGACAAAUUGUAUUCAUUUGAAGAACCAUAUGCAUAAGCAAAGUCCUAUCUUGGCCAAUAGGGCCUUUAUGAGGGAUCUUGCUGUUCUUCAGAGAUCAAGAUCUCUAAGGGAUCCUUCUGCAAGUCCUCCCUCUCGGAAUUCUCCUUCUGUCGUCGAUAUUCUUCUCAAAAGAGGCCAAAGGGAUGACUUGAUUAGUGGAAGACUACCCAUUGGCCUAGAGCAUUCAAACGAGCGUGGAAGGAUGUCCGAAGACAUGAUUCAUGAAUGCAAACGAGUGAAUAGAGAAGGAAUGAGUGGAAAGUCUCCUGGCUAUCCACAGGAUGGACAUGUCUUGGGUCAGAAUACUGUUUCUGGAAACACUGAAUCCGGAGAUAAACAUGUGGAGUUCAAAGGAGGCCAUAGACAAGAUAGGCGCCUAAUGACCCUCUCUGAUCGGUUAAAAGACGUCAUAACUGAAAGUGAUGAUGCAGUUCCUUCCCAUAACCAGGGGAAUGGAAGGCACAAAGCAGGAGCAAGUACUCACCAUGGGAAUGGUGUUAGUCGGUCUAAAAGGUACAGAUAUCGAGGUGUGAGAAGAAGAAGGCCUUCUGGAGCACCCCAGCAAUCUGUGGCACCAAAUGAAAUGUCGGUAGCGUCUAAUUCAUUGGCACAAGACGGAGCAUCUCAGAAGUAUCACUUGGAGGAGGGAUUCCAAGAACAAACUGAUCAGAACGUUAAAGGUGUUCCACAAAAUGGCUGUGGCAUUCCUUGGAACUGGUCGCGGAUUCAUGACAGGGGGAAGUCAUUUAUUGACCUGGCUGGCCGUAGCCUUUCUUGUGGUUUAUCUGAAUCAAAGCUUAAGAAAGGUCGUUCUGCAUCUCAUGGUAUGGCUAUCCCUGAUAUGGCUCUUACUUCAGAACUCUCGAGUUCGUCCACAAAGUCUGAAAGGGAAGCUUUGCCACUACUUCUUGAUGCUUCUGGUUCUCGGGGGAGCAUUGCUCGUUUGGCUUGGGGUCAUGAUUAUUCAGGAGAAUUAGGUAUAUUUUCUGAAAAUUUGCUAAAGCAGGAAACUGAGUAUGAUCUCCCAUCAGAAGGUAGAUCUGAUGAGCAACACAAAUUACAGAAACAUCACAAUGGGAGGCAUAAAAAUCUCACUCAGAAAUACAUGCCGAGAACAUUCAGAGAUUUGGUAGGUCAGAACUUGGUGGUACAAGCACUCUCCAAUGCCAUUGCAAAAAGGAAGAUUGGAUCACUGUAUUUGUUUUUUGGACCUCAUGGAACUGGUAAGACUUCAUGUGCACGUAUAUUUGCCAGAGCGUUAAACUGCCAAUCUCAAGAGAAUCCGAAGCCUUGCGGAGCUUGCAACUCUUGUAUUGCACAAAUCGCAGGGAAGACAAAAAAUGUGAAGGAAAUAGGCCCUGUUGGUAAUAAUGACUUUGAAAGUAUACUGAAACGUUUUAGCAAGGCAGUCACUUCCCAGCGUCGAUCUCAAUACAAGAUCUUGAUAUUUGAUGCAUGUGAUACCUUGUCUUCCGAGCAUUGGAAAGCCAUGUUGAAGGUCUUUGAUCAAGCCCCAAGGCGUGUUGUAUUUAUCCUCAUUUGUUCAACUCUUGAAGCUUUGCCUCAUCUGAUAAUAUCAAGGUGCCAGAAAUUCUUCUUCCCUAAGUUAAAGGAUGCAGACAUAAUAUACACAUUGCAGUGGAUAGCAACCAAAGAAGAUUUAGAAAUUGAUAAAGAUGCCCUGAAGCUUAUUACAUCAAGAUCGGAUGGCUCUCUGAGGGAUGCGGAGAUGACACUCGAGCAAUUAAGUUUACUAGGGAAGAGAAUCUCCCUUGACCUGGUACAGGAACUGGCUGGGCUCAUUUCAGAUGAAAAGUUAAUAGAUUUGCUCGACUUAGCAUUUUCUGCUGACACAGCCAACACAGUGAAGAAUCUGAGAGAUAUCAUGGAAUCUGGUAUUGAUCCAUUAGCAUUAAUGUCUCAGCUUGCUGCAGUCAUAACUGAUAUUCUUGCCGGAAUUCAUGAUUUCAUUAAAGACUGUCCUAGAAGGAAGUUUUUCCGGAAACAAGAAUUAUCCAAAGAAGACAUGGAAAAAUUACGUCAGGCAUUGAAGACAUUAUCUGAAGCAGAAAAGCAGCUGAGGGGGUCAAACGACAGGAUAACUUGGCUAACGGCUGCAGUACUGCAACUGGCUCCUGAUCAACAAUACUUACUCGCACCAAGCUCAUCGGAAGAUACAAAUUUCAAUCAAAGACCUUUAGUCUUGAAUAAUGCUUUAAUAGAAAGGCCAAGAAAAAGCAAUUCUGAGCGAUCUAUGUUUCCAGCAGGAAGUUCAGGAAGCGGUCAUUAUAAUGGUAUUUUGAAGGGUACUGAUGUGGUUAGGAGCACAGGUAAUGGAGGUGGGACGGUUUCUCAACAAUUCUACCUUCCUUCAAAUGAUAGAGAUCCAAUAAGUAAGGUUCACUUCCGAGGACAAGAAAUCGAGGGCAUUUGGUUGGAAGUGCUUGAAAAGAUCCCACAUACUAGUGUUAAAGAGUUCCUAGCUACCGAAGGAAAGCUGAUCUCAAUCAACUAUGAUACAGAUCCAACUGUGCAAUUGCUGUUCAACUCUGAGCUAGCAAAGUCGGAAGCAGAAAGAUUUAAAACGUACAUCUCACAAGCAUUUGAGUUGGUUCUUCGAUCCCCAGUGCACAUUGAGAUCCGAUGCAACUCAAGAAAUAGGGGGGAAAUUGUUGAAAUUUCUGAGAAGACAGAAAGGGACAGACGAAAUAUUGGAAAUUUAAUUGGAGUAACAUCAACUACUCUUCCAAAUGUGUCUAAUCUGAACUAUGAAAGGAAUCAAAGUCUUAGCCUUGUCCGAAGCAGGUUGCCUCUUGCUCGGAUAAUUCAGCAACAGGAGGAAAGUUCAGAACAUAGUGGAUGGUCCAAAAACAAAGCAGUUUCAAUUGCUGAAAAGCUCGAACAAGAGAAUUUGAGACUUGAACCGAGAUCAAGAAGUUUGCUCCGUUUGACACCUUCAAAAGGAACUCGACGAAAGCUUUCGCGAUUGAAAAUACGAACAAAGAAGCCGCGGGCUCUGCUGAAAUUAGUCUCCUGUGGUGGAAGGUGCCUCUCCCGCAGGUCACCAAGGUAGACGCCAACUACCGGUAACUGUCUUAAAGGGAUCUGUUAGUUAGUUCGUCUCAUGUACCUUCUGUUUAGGCCUUCCAUUUAUACAGAUCCUACAUUUAUUUGUAGAACUUUAGAAUAGUUCAAAUCCUCUAUUUACAGCCUCCAUUGAUGAAUUCUUGAAACGACGUUUCUCAAUUCUAAUAAAUUCCCUAUUUUAGUAGCUGAAUUUGAAUGCACUC